GCCAGAAUAGAUUUUACUGUGAAAUAACGAUGAAUUUACUGCCCAAAUCGACUGCAGACUUUGGUUCGACAGAAUAUUGGAAUAGUUUCUUUCGCAAGCGAGGAAAACAAGCCUUCGAAUGGUACGGAGAGUAUCCGGAACUAUGUGGCCAACUGCAUAAGUACAUUAAACCGAAGGAUGAAAUCCUUGUAGUAGGCUGCGGUAACUCCAAACUCAGUGUUGACCUUUACGAUGUUGGUUUUAAAAAAAUUACCAACAUUGAUAUCUCACCGGUGGUCAUCAAACAGAUGCAGGAAGCGAACCGUAGCCAGCGUCCAGAGAUGACAUGGUGCCAGAUGGACGCAACGGCUAUGACACUUCCGGAUGAAUCCUUCUCCGUCGUGCUGGACAAGGGUACCCUCGACGCGUUGUUCACCGAUCAAUCCGAAGAGGUUGUCAGUACCGUGCGAAGAUACUUCAAGGAGAUUGGACGUGUGUUGCGCUCCGGAGGGCGGUAUGUCUGCAUCUCGCUGCUUCAAGAGCACAUCCUACGGGAGGUGGUGGAACAUUUCCCCUCUCAUCACUUCAUGCUGCGCAUUGUACGCUGUCCGGAUGCCGGGGGUCGCGACACGAGCGAAGCGGCAAAUGCUGAUGGUUCUUCCUUGGUUGUAUUUGCGAUCGUGGCAACCAAAUUCAAGAAUCUUCCGAUGCGUGUGCUGGAAAUCUGCAUGGCAGGUGAUCAAAUGGAACGGGUACAACAGCCCGAGGAGCUGAUCGGGGCAGUAGCUGCAGCACAGAAGGCGGCCAUGGUGUGUAACGGACUGGCGCGAGGCAGUAUCGCCGGGAUGGCCGAAGUAUCCAUCGAUCUGUUCCAUCCGAACGAAAAACAAACGCCACGUUACACGAUCCACGUCCUCGAUCAGGCGCCCAAACGAGGCAGCGGGAAAUAUGCCGCUUUCAUCGUACCACAGGGCCGAGAAACGGAAUGGCUUUUUGCCACAACGCAGGGCCGCCAAAAGCUGCAAGUUUCGGCCAACUUUGAUCGGCUAGCUGUCGUAACAUUACACCGAGGCCACGUGUACACCGACCUGGAGGCGGUUAAGGUGGAACUGGCGGAAAGUGUCAAAUCGCUCGCACCCAGUGGACUCCAAGGUGCCUCCAUUCCGUACCUUUCCAUCGGUGCCGAGGUUGGUCGACGGGAAACGAUCCACACCGGACGCUCGGAACAUUCAGGCGAGUACCUCGUGGAGGAAAUUGUCGGCGAUAAUGGACGCACCUUCCGUCGCCUCAUCUUCCUCGCGAACCAAUCGGUGGUGCAGUCGGAGGCCGCGCUUAAAAUGGCCCGCGUGCGAGGCUCUCGAGCGCCGCAGAAAGUGGUCGAUCCAGGGUACCUUGCUUGCCAGCAUCAUCUGUUCAUGACGGUCGGUGUGCAGCUGGCCACCAGGCUGACGAUGGCGCAGAAAACUGCCAAUGAAACAAAAACUACCUCCCCACCAUCUUCGUCCACCGCCGUUGCGGUAAUUGGACUGGGCGGUGGUGGCCUUUGCACGUUCAUUCGCGAGUGUCUCAAAUCGAGCACGAUCACGGCGGUCGAAAUCGAUCCGGAAAUCGAACGAAUUGCCGUGAAAUAUUUUGGCCUAACGCUCGACAACCGCCUCCGUGUGGUCAUCGAGGAUGGUAUACGGUUCCUAGCGGAAGAGGCAACCCGUGGGGCACACUAUUCAGCCGUCCUUUUCGACGUAGACAGCAAGGAUCCAACGGUUGGCAUGAGUUGUCCACCCGCCAUUUUUGUCGAACGAAAUGUCCUCGCUCACGUGCGGCAACUCGUUGGCGACGAGGGACUUUUUGUGCUCAAUCUGGUCUGUCGUAAUGAUGCGCUUCGGGAAACGACGGUGCAAUCGCUAAGGGAAAGCUUUAAAUACGUCCUCUCGUACAAACUAGAGGAGGACGUGAACGAAGUGUUCUACUGUACCGACAACGAACGGCUAAAGGAUGCCACUAACUGGCAGCAGGAACUGCGUGAAUCAGCGAACGACGUGAACAAGUUGGCCAGAAAAGAGAAACUCACGCACGAACAGGAGCUGGUCGAUUUAAGUGAUUUUGUGAACGCUUUACAAAUAUAGAAGAAAAGUACGCUUUUUUCAUGAGAAUUAAA